UUCGGAAUCAGUGAGGCUCUGUUUCUCUUCCGAAUGUCGCGUAAAGUGGAGGCAACAACGAUACUGUUGAAUGUUAUCGCGAGCAAACCUUGGAUAUGGGCCGCCUAGUGUCUUUUUGGAGACUAUUGAUUCCGAAAAAGAGUAUAACGAUGUCUUGGCUCGGAUACCACUACUAGCGAAUCACCCCGUGGUCUACAUGUUUCGAGUGAAGAUGCUCAACGAUCUCCACUUGGCCUCAACGCAAGUCCAAAUAUGCGACAACCUCCUCGGUUCCGAAUUCUUUCCGGCCAGCUUAUGGGUUAUGUCCAUGAAAAGCCGCAGAUAUGCCUGCCUAUCCAGCGUUACCUUUUAUGGUCCCAUGGUUAUUGCCAAGAUUUUGAACUCGUCAGAGUACAGGGAUGCGCAAGUGCAGUUCGAGCGCAUCCUUUCCCUAGAACCUGACCGGCUUGAAGACAUAGAUUUCUUCUCUGAUAUUCUCUAUGUGAUGGAUAACAAUGAGAAGCGCUCGUUUUACGCUCACAAGUUUCAGGAAAAAGACAAGAACCGGCCAGAGGUGUGAUGCUUCAUUGGCAAUGCGUGUUCGACCCGUACAGAGCAUGAGGAUGCAGUAAAAUAUUUUCGGGGCGCUACCUACCUGGAUCGGACUUACCACGCAUGGGCUUCAGUGGGCCAUGAGUAUAUCUCGUGAUGGGUAAUACUCAUGCCGCCAUCGAAGCAUAUCGUC